AUUUAGGUUACGUCAAUUGGUAUCAGCUGUUUUUUAUAAUAAACCUUAACGAAAAACCUCGAAAAACAUACAGUUUUAAUUAAUUUUUGCACAAAUAUGGCUCUUAGAAGGGCUAUUGUUAGAAUAGGAAAUUUUCAACGAUCGACUUGUAGAAGUCUUUGUACAAGUCAAACGCUUUGUACUCAGACUGCUCCAAAAGAAGACCACCAUGAGAAAAAACAAACACAUUUCGGUUUUGAAACUAUUGAUGAGGAAGAAAAAACAAAGAAAGUUCACCAAGUAUUCGAGACAGUAGCCGACAAGUAUGAUCUGAUGAAUGAUGUGAUGUCCCUGGGAAUCCACCGAGUAUGGAAAGAUAUCUUUAUGCAGAGAUUGGCACCCACACCAGGAACUAAGCUACUUGAUAUGGCUGGCGGCACAGGUGAUAUAUCAUUCAGAUACAUAAAUUACUUAAGGAACCUGGGUCCACAUGCAGCAGACAAGCAGAGCAGCGUCACGGUCAGUGAUAUCAACCAGGCCAUGUUGGAUGUGGGGAGAGUUAGAGCAGAGAGACAGGGCUACGCCAACGACCCGCUGGUGUCCGUGGACUGGCUGUGCGCAGACGCAGAGCAGCUGCCACUACCAGACGAGUGCUACACAGCUUACACCAUCGCGUUUGGUAUAAGGAAUUGCACUCAUGUGGAUAAGGUGCUAGAAGAAGCGUACCGCGUGCUGCAGCCGGGCGGCCGCUUCCUGUGCCUCGAGUUCAGUCAGCUGCCCAACGCGCAGUUGCAGUGGAUGUACGACCAAUACUCGUUCCAAGUGAUCCCUGUGUUGGGCCAGCUGGUGGCGGGCCAGUGGAAGCCCUAUCAGUACCUCGUUGAGAGCAUCCGGCAGUUCCCCGACCAGGAAUCUUUUAAAUCAAUGAUCGAGGACGCAGGCUUCAGACAUGUGACUUACGAAAAUUUAACAUUUGGCGUGUGCUCCAUACAUUCAGGGUUUAAAAUAUGAACAUUAAAUAGAUAGUGAUAGUUAGGUGUACUUGUUAAUUUAUGUGGGAAAUACUUAUUAAAUAAAGUUUUUAA